UUGAUCACAGAAAUGAGAGGGAACAUGCCAUUAUAUUUUAACCAGUGUGUAAAGAAGGCUCUUAUGUAACCAGUCAUCCUGGCCCUUCUCUCCAGAGAAUUUUGUUUUUCAGCUAAUUGCUGUUGGGAUGAAGCUUUAUAGCUUUGGAGUCCUCGUAGCCAUCUUCCUCUUGUGUGAGCAGCAUGUCUUCGCUUUUCAGAGUGGCCAGGUUUUAUCUGCUCUUCCUAAAACUUCCAGGCAAGUUCAGAUUCUACAGAAUCUUACUACAACAUAUGAGAUUGUUCUCUGGCAGCCAGUAACAGCUGAUUUAAUUAAGAAGCAGAAAGAAGUCCAUUUUUUUGUGAAUGCGUCUGACGUAAACCAUGUGAAAGCCCAUUUACAUGACAGCACAAUCCAGUUCAGCAUCUUGGUGGAAGAAGUGAAAGAUCUUAUCCAACAGCAAACUCUCAAUGACACAAUCACCCCCCGGACCUUUUCCUCAUAUUAUGAACAUUAUCACCCAUUAAAUGAGAUCUAUUUUUGGAUGGAAAUCAUAACUGAGAACUAUCCUGAUAUGGUUGAAAAAAUCCACAUUGGAUCCUCAUACGAGAAGUACCCACUGUAUAUUUUAAAGGUUUCUAGAAAAGAACGAACAGCCAAAAAUGCCAUAUGGAUCGACUGUGGAAUCCAUGCCAGAGAAUGGAUCUCUCCUGCUUUCUGCUUGUGGUUCAUAGACCACGUAACUCAGUCAAAAGGGAAAAAAACGCCAUACACUUAUCUUCUGAGGCACGUGGAUUUCUAUGUGAUGCCAGUAGUUAACGUGGAUGGUUAUGACUUCACAUGGAAAAAGAAUCGAAUGUGGAGAAAGAACCGGUCCUUUCAUGAAAAUAAUCGUUGCAUUGGAACAGACCUGAAUAGGAACUUUGCUUCCAAACACUGGUGUGGGGAAGGUGCAUCAAGUUUCUCAUGCUCAGAAACCUACUGUGGCCUUUACCCUGAAUCAGAACCAGAAGUGAAGGCAAUGGCUAAUUUCUUGAGAAAAAACAUCAACCACAUUAAGGCUUACAUCAGUAUGCAUUCAUACUCCCAGCACAUAGUGUUUCCAUAUUCUUACAAUCGAAGCAAAAGCAAAGACCAUGAGGAACUGUCCCUAGUGGCCAGUGAAGCAGCCCGUGCUAUUGAGAAUAUUGAUAAAAAUAUCAGAUAUACUCAUGGCAGUGGUUCAGAAACUUUCUACCUAGCCCCUGGAGGUUCAGAUGACUGGAUCUAUGACUUAGGCAUAAAAUAUUCGUUUACAAUUGAACUUCGAGAUAAAGGCAAAUAUGGAUUCUUGUUGCCAGAACGUUACAUCAGACCCACUUGCACAGAAGCUCUCGCCGCUAUCUCUAAAAUAGUUGAGCAUGUCAUCAAGAAUGUUUAAUUCCCUUGAUUUUCUCGCUCUUCUCUCCUAUUUUAAUUUACUGAUUCCUACAAGACCAAAUCAUUGUACCCAUUCUUCUAAGAUUUUAUCAGUAGUUUUGAGAAAAGAUUUUCCCAUUCCUUGCUUUUGUCAAAGAACGAAAUAAAUGCUACCAUAAAUUAAGGC